AUAUCUGCAGCUCGACGUCCUACACAAUGGACGACCCUCACGCUGCCUGUAUGCAAACAGUUCUGGGAGGACUUGUGGAAGAUGCCCAAGCGGUACAAGAGAAAUUCAUUGGCUUCAACUCGUCCUCGCAAAUGGAUGUGCCUGCCAUGCGCUCUACUAUAGAAUCGGCGGACCAGGUGUUUGAUCGCUACGAUGCCGAAAUGAGCGCCCUGGCAGGCAUAAUCGACAUGCUCCAGCGCAAGCGCGAAGAGCUCUCGCGCCACUACGCGCGCACGGUCUGGCUCUGCAGUCCCUUGAGACGUCUCGUCCCGGAUGUCCUGCGCGAGAUAUUCACCUACCUCCGCGACACGCAAGAGUACUCCCUCGAGGACUCCCGCUCCUCCGUCAUCCGCCUCGCGCACGUGUGCAGCCACUGGCGCGCCGUCGCGUUCUCGCAGACCUCGCUCUGGUCGUCCAUCAAGCUCGAGCACGCGGGGAUCUACGAGGCCGAGUCGGACCGCAUCAAGGCGGCCAUCCGAUUUCACCUAGCCAGGUCGGGGAAUGCGCCGCUGACUAUUGCUCUCUGGGGCCAUGCAUACGACCGCUUGGAAAUCCUCAAAAGCGUCUCCCACCGCUGGCGGCGGUGCGUGACAGACUCGUCCUAUUCGCUCGGCCCGAGGCCGCUGCGGUAUCAUUGCUUGGAAUCGCUCGUGGUCCACGAAGACGAAGGCACGGUCAACUUCAUCGACACGCCGAGUCUGCGGUCGUACGUCGGACCGGUAGAGGGCGCCUUCCUCCCCUGGCAUCAGCUCACAAGCGUAUCCGUCACUCGCGGCCUUGUCACCGUCAACAAGGUCAUCGAGCUGCUCCGCAUCUGCGUGCGGCUCGAGUCCUGCCAGGUCGCCUACCCGCAAGACGUUCUCCAGCCACACACCGUCCCUCCGGUCACAGCCCCUUAUCUCUGCCACUUUCGCCUCGUAUGCCGCCCAGACGGUCUCGGCAACGUGUUGGAGACGCUCUUCUCCUCGAUCACCGCCCCGGGGCUCGCCUUGCUCGACAUCGGCGUGCCCGCCAAGCUCGUGAACUUCGUUUGGUCGCGUAACCUCACCCUCGCGCUGACGCGCUUCCUCGAGGCGAGCGGGACGCUGUCCGCGCUCGCCCUCCGGAACGUGCCCAUCGGGCCUGACACGCGGGCCGUGCUCGCCAGCGCGCCCAGCAUCGAGGAACUCGUGUGGUGGGCGCGGGAGAAGAAUGCAGACAAGUCGGGGCUCCGCUAUCUGUGCGAUGCCCUCUCGUCUCAUGGCCCGGACGCCGAAGGGGGAACUACACCGCCCAUCCUACCUCGCUUGGAACGCCUCGAGAUCAGCGGCGGGAUGAGCUCUGACCGGCGUAGGUCCGAAAACAAGGACCAUGACCGGCUUGUGAAUAUCAUCCGCGCACGCGCUGCCGGAGGUGGGGCUUCGGCGUCCAGCGAGGGGACAAGUGUUCCCAGCGGACGGACACUGGGCGGCGGGACAUAUCCUCCCACCAAAGGAACUCUCCGCCACGUCUUCCUGAAAUACAUCCGCUGGGAACUCAGCUACGAAGCACACAUGGAGCUGCAGAAUUUGCUGGAGACCUUCAUGGUUACAAGCGUAAUGGCGAGGAAGCAGAACUACUUCGAGUACGACGACCCGGACUACGAUAUUGAUACGGAGCCGCCGUCUGAUGACGAGUCCUCCUUUGAUGAUCUCGAUGGCGAUGCCGCAGAUUCUGACGAGGUGGAGGGUAGUGGUGAGGACGAGGACAUGGACUAAAUUUCUCGACUUCGCGCUCGCUACUGUCUGUCAUCUAAGGAUACCUUACGACUCUCAUCUCGACUAAUCGACUAUACUGUAGACUACGUUAUCCCUACUGUAUGCUACAGCUCGUCCCAGAUAUGGUUCGUGUUACGGACAGGUAU